CUUCCCGCUGUUGGUCUUACCACGUACCAAUCACAGCCUUUACAGUGCUAGCUGUAAAUAUGCUAAAAUCAUGAACACCUCACCUAUGUCACUUCCACGGUUUCGCCCUCGAGAUGUCUACUACCUCCCGGAGUUUCAGUCGACAAACACAAUAUCUGUUGGCAUUUCUGACUUUCUGCUGUUCUGCUGUCGCUGCCAUCGGUAGUUACCCAAGUAAUACUCUAUUUAUAACUCUCUUGGGGAUGUUGGCUGCCAUUAUCGGUUUCGUUGCGGUAGUUCAGGCUAUAUAUGUUACAAAGGACCCACCUUCCCCAACCGAUGGGGACGAGGAAAUUGCUCUACGUGAUCUCAACACGCCUGUUCUCUCAGCUGAAGUAACAAACCCAGUGAACAAAACGAUCCAGCAAGGUGCAGCUUCCGAUGUCAGGCUCGAUGAUAUUCAAAUGAACGAGUGGCGACUCGCGGAUCUCCAUUGCGUGUCCGAUACAGACGACGAAAGCAUCCAUCAGCAUGGUAUUGAUUCAGGCGAUCACAGCACGCUUAAUCCCCUUUCCCCGGAAGCAGAUGUGCAAGUCACAGCGAUCGAGCUUGGUGGGAUUGAUUCUAUUCUUCGAAGGAGGCCUAGGAUAAGCGGUUAAUGACGUCCUCUAUCCCAAUAUACACAGAGAGGCACACUAAAGAAUCCGCGCCGCCUUGACGGCUACCGAUUUUGGGCCAAUAAUUCUUCAGGGUCAAGAUUGGGCAAGGAGAAAGCAAAGGGAGGACAGUAGGCGUGGGCUUUUGGGUGAAUAUAGACGCAGUGGUCGACGUUCGGGCGAGAUCUUUACCUGUGCACUUUGUGUUCGGACAAGCAUAUCCACGCGCCUGAACCGUAUCACU